AUGUCAACCAUCAGCUUGACUCUGCAUGCUUCAGCUCAAAUAUUACCUUCUGAUGGCUCCAGUCCGGCGAAUCCAUCUCACAUCGAGAGGCAGCUCAGAUCGAAUGAUUUAUGGAUAUCCCAAACACCGGAGCUUAAUUUCAUUGUUUCCAUCCCCGACACUGUGCUCGGUUACAAUGAUAUUAUUCAUCCCCCCAGCAGCAUACCAAGUGUUCUCUUGUCGUCAAUCAAAGUAUCCCUAUCUUUCGCCCAUAACGAGGAACAUGCACAAGUAUAUAUACCUACUUCCAUGGCAAAGCCAGAAAUUCCAGAAGACCAGUAUCGAACUGGAUAUAUAUCCAUUCUACCUUACGACGAGCACAAACAAGACAUGCUUCUAUUUGGACUUGAGCAGAAGAAGCCGGAGGAUUCUGAGGACACGGAGACCCCGACUUUCAUCGAAGAGCUAGAAGAGUUACAUGGAAGCGAGCAGAGCUCAUCUCUCCUCACCUCUCACCACACUACCUUUGGAAGGGUCUCCCCAGAUACACGGCAUAAAGAACUAUAUAACCUAAUCACCACAGGCCUAGAAUCACUUCUACUCGGAUGCAGUGAGGGAAGUUACCAAAGCGAGAAAGGCCUCCAGAGCCUUCCCCAACUCGCCCCCUCGGUUUUUAGCCCAGGUUAUUACAGAGAAAUGAGCCAACGAUCGCAACUUAUCCCACCAAUUGCGAAAUCCAUAUCCUCUAUGCUCAAACUCCCUAGCUACCAGCCCCUGAUCCCCAAGCUAAAUUAUUUAAACGCAUCAAGCGCCAUCCAGUCCUUUCCAGCAAGCCCAACCAAUACACGCAAUACUAUAAAAGCCGCCUUGUGGCGCAUCGCCCAGAAGCAGCUCUACAAACCACAAGCAUCACAGAACCUGCGUCUCCUGACACCACGACCAUUACCUAAGUCGCGAACCAGAAAUCACCCGCAGCGUUGGAAGGAUGACAUAUAUAUCGGUGGGCCAGUAGCACCUAUGUACAACGAUAACAUCCGAGACAAGGAAUUUUCCCCUAACGUGGAUGAAGAUCUCCUUGGGUUUAGUGAGCCUGAUGAGACGAGCUGUGAGAUGCUAUCUACUGCCUUUUCAUCAUCGAGCGGGUCGUUACAAUUCUCCCUGGGUGAUGAUGAUAAUAAUGGUGAUGUUGAUCUUCUACCGGAACAAUUAGAGGAAGAUAUAUCGAGUCAAACGCCGUUCUCGGAUGAUCUAGCAUUUGACGGCGAGUCUGAGAAUGAUGACGACGAUAUGUUGUGCGAUUAUAUCUGA